UGAAAAGAUAAGUUUCCUUCUCUCUUCAGCCGUGUGCUGCUUAGUAUGUCUUUCAUCUUCAUCGUGCCUAUUCUCUCUUUCGAUUCAUCCAGAUCUCGUAGUGCACUCCAUCGCAACACUGGCAGUAAUCUUAUCCCACUUCGUUUCUGUCACUGAGGGUUAUUGGUGCCCUCACAGUACAGAAGGGAUUCCUUCACCAGAUUUCUAUUGCAAUUAGGAACAUAAGACAUUUGAUAGUGAAAUAUAAUGCAUUGAAAAAACAAAUGGCAGACUCUAUGUCAUCUCUUCAUGGGCAUGUCGCCUCUCUUCUUCGUCAUAUGGACAUAUGGUUGUUUCGCUUGUUAAUGAGCAUGCAUAUAAAUUCAGGAGUGUAGCUCAGAAACAAGCUUUUCUGAUGGAACUAUAUUCACCUGAACUCCGGAUUUUCAAGAAUUUGGUCUCAGGGAAUGUGGCCAGUGUUGCAGAUGUCAUUUCCUAGCUACAUCUACAAAAAUCAUCAGUCUUACGUCACAUGAAAUAUGUGCUUCAGCCUAUACUAGAGAGGAGAAUUCUCGAUCACUCUAUCAUACACAAGGCAAUUGUGGAGUUUCUAAGCAUUGCUAAUCAGUCUUCUGGUGCUGAUGUAAUCCAGCCAUUAUCAAGCGCAGAUCUUGUAUGGAUGAUACACACCGGGGAUGGAUCCAGGAUUGCAAUUCUUUGUGUCAAGCAUGGGAGUGCAAAGGAUAGGAACAAAAUAAUCGAAGGGAUGAAAAGAAAAAUUGAGAAGAUAGCUCGUGAUAAGUUGGGUAGUAUUGAUGGGCAUUUUGAGCUAGUUGUAGUUUUUGAUCUUGGAAGGGAUAUUUUGUUGUUUGUGAAGUUUUUUUUUUGCAGCUCAUUAGUUAAGAGCUAAAUUUUUGCAUGUAAACUAUCAAUUUAACAUUACAUUAAUGAAGAGUUGAGUUCUA